ACAGAGUGUUAAUGACAGAAGGCAUUAAAAAAGAAUAAAUUGAAAGAAUGGGAGAAAAUCGAGACAGGAUAGUCAUUGCAUUCGUGUUCAAAGGAGUAGCUACCAGCCUUGAGUAAGACCAGUAUAGUGAGAUAAAUAGAGAAGGUUUUAAGGCAGUGCUGAUCACUGCUGACCAACACAGAAAUGUAUAAAAACGCAGUAUGGAACUGUGCAAUGCAAGCUGUGGCUGCUGUUUGAGCCUGCUGUACUAAAUUGUUCUGUAGCUCUGAGUGCUAAGCAUUUUAAAGCUGAUUGCACUUUUUGGCUGCUUGUGAGCCAACAAUGCAGAGUAAUUAUUUGCCAGCAGUGGCCUGUAGGAAAAUGUCCAUGUUCUGCUUGCUGUACAGGCUGUUAAAUUGCUGGUGGGGUCAGGGCUGGGAAGCGUCUGUAGCCAAAGCCAGGAACCUUGUCUUGUAGUUUGUCCUAGAGAAUGAAACGGUGCAUAGGCUCCGCAUUAACUCUUGCUUUCAUUAACUUUUUUCAGUGUGCAGCUCUACUUAGACAUGUGUAUAUUAUCAGGCUUAUAGCUCGUACCAUCUGUAUAAUACCUCAGCCUCGAACAUGUCAAGGUUAUAAAAUGUAAUUUUAUACACACUUACUUGAAACUUGUUCUCAUGUCUGCCUCAGAGUUCUGUGCUGUGCAUGAUCCUGGCUUGAGCUCUGCGGGGUAACUUCCUUAAUUGUUCUGUUCCCUGCAUCAAUUUUGGCUUGCUUUUGUGUUUUAGAAAUGCAUUCGAUUACAUUUCAUUUAAUGCCAACCAUGUAAGUGGUGCAGAUUGAAAGGCACCAGCUUUAUUCUUUGUCUCAGUGAGUGCAGUGCCAUCGCUGGAGGAUCAGUUUCUCCCUGAAGCCUGAGAGAUGUUGGUGAGGAGCAUUUGUUGGCAGUACUAGGAAAUAAGUGGAUUUACCUAAUCUGUAUUAACCUAUGAGCAAGAUAAACAGAGAUAGCUUUGCAGAGUAUCCAUUAACGAUAUUUUGUGCUUGUUUUCUCACUUUCAAGUCUUGUUGCUGGGAAAUACCUUUGCAAUCCCAGUCUAAGAUACUGCAGUGUUUGUGUGUAUACACGAUACGCUUUUUUCCAAAAAGCAUUAAUUCCCGAAGAACCAGAAAGAAAGUCUGAUUUGUUAUUGAGGAAAACCGAAGUAAUUUCCUCGGUAGAAAUUCCGUGCAGCUCUCUUCCUUUGCUGCUGCUGUGGUACCACCUCCCGCUGCGUGUGAGGAGGGUCAGGCAGCAGAGCCGCCCGCUGGCUCCCGGCCUUGCAGCUCCAGGGUCUGUGCCGCAAGCCCCCUUGCGCUGCGGCUGCCGUCAGCGUGGCGAGGGGGGGGAUGUCUGGUUCUCGCCCUCACGGCCCCCGGGUGGCGGUUGGCGCCGCGGGGUGCGCUCAGCUCCGCGCCCAGCGCCAGGCCCGGCUCGGCGCCUGAGGGCGGGGCCUGGGCCGGGCGGCGGGGCCUGCUGUCCCGGCGGGGGAGGCUGGGCGCUGCCGCCGUCCGUCCCCCCGGCUGCCCUCACCCGCGGGCGGGAUGCGGCGGGCGCUGCCGCCGCUCCGCGCUCUCCUCGGGGCCGGCGCGGCGGGGCGGCCGCCCUGGCUGCCGGCGCUCAGCGGGCUCUGCGGCGCGCCCGCGGCUGAGGGGUGCGGCGGCGAGCUCAACGUGCUGCCAUCCUUUGGUUUUCUAUUUGACAUUGAUGGUGUACUGGUACGAGGAAAGACUCCAAUUCCUGCUGCAAAAACAGCCUUUCAAAAGCUAGUGAAUUCUCAGGGACAGUUUUUGGUGCCUGUAGUGUUUGUCACCAAUGCAGGGAAUUGCCUUCGCCAGAACAAAGCUGAUCAGUUGUCUCAUCUACUGGGAGUUCCGAUUUCACAAGAUCAAGUGAUGAUGUCGCACAGUCCUCUGCGGAUGUUCAAACGUUAUCAUGAAAAAUGUGUUCUUGUAUCUGGACAAGGACCACUUCUUGAUAUUGCUCAAGACCUUGGUUUCUGUCAACCUAUCACCAUUGAAACAUUGCGGGAGAAACACCCUUUGCUAGAUGUAGUUGACCAUGACAGAAGACCUAAUGUUCUGUACCCCUCUGCUGUGGAGCUUCCCAAGAUUGAGGCUGUUGUUUUGUUUGGGGAGCCAGUCAGAUGGGAAACCAACCUCCAGUUGAUAAUAGAUGUUUUGCUGACAAGUGGCUAUCCUGGAAAUCCAUAUCACCAUGAAAAUCACCCUCACAUUCCUGUACUUGCUUGUAAUAUGGAUCUGAUGUGGGUAGCUGAAGCACAGUCUCCAAGGUUUGGGCAUGGAACAUUCAUGGUUUGCUUGGAAAACAUUUACAAGAAGAUCACUGGCAAAGAUCUGAAAUAUGAGGCCUUAAUGGGCAAACCUAGUAGACUGACCUACCAGUAUGCGGAAUACCUCAUCAGGGCUCAGGCAGCAGAGAGGCAAUGGAAGCAACCCAUUCAAACUCUUUAUGCUGUCGGAGAUAAUCUCAUGACUGAUGUCUAUGGUGCUAACCUUUACAAUCGCUAUCUUGAAGAGAACUCCAGGAAAGGGUCAAAAUCACGGAUUCAGGCCAAAGUUGCUGGUGGCAGAGGAUCUGCCGCUGUCUCUCAGGAUGAUGAAAUAGGCAAUAGUUGGGAGAAUGAAUUGGCAUCUGCAGCUGCUGCCCAGUGUAGGUCUGUUCUGGUUUGUACUGGGGUUUACAACCCUCACACCGAGGUACCCCUGGAUACCACGGAGAGAGUAACUGAAGCAGUGUUCCAUGGCCACAGGGAUUUUAGGUUUGAUCCUGGUUUAGUAGAACCGGAUCAUAUUGUACCAGAUGUUGAUGCUGCUGUAGACCUGGUCUUCCAGCUGGAGAACUUUGCACCUAAUUGAGAUGACAUGAUUUCUUAAGGACUACUCAGUGCUGUGCUUUUCUUCUCCUCAAACAAACAGUGCUUUAAAAUCAUGCCACAAACUGCUGCCUUCUAAGAUUUUCACCUUUUAAAUUAAUACAAUCUUACAUUAAGUAUAAAUAUUAUUAGUAUACUUUGGUAUAUUUAAUAUACUUAUUCUAAGUAUAUUAAAUAUCAAUAAUGCUUUUUAAAGUACUUUGAAAUAUGUAAUUUCUUGCUUUAGUUGCCCUUUAUUGUCCUUCUAUUCAUAAUAUUAGAUAUUUUAAUAGCAAUUUUUUAUAGUAGCUUAUGCAUGUUGCUGGUACUUAAAUUCCCACAUGCCAGUACCUUCUUUUGUUUGCUGGAAGAGUUAGCUUCUAUGUAUUGGGAAUCUUGAGGCUAUCAGAUUGUGAUGCUGGGAUCAUUCACACAAUUACAGAUUGGCUGGUACAGAGCACAGCAUGUGUUACUGCUUGGUAUUCUGCAAGUAAUGUGUGCUCUUUCAAACCAGAGCGAAGUUCAGGUCUGUUGUGCUACUUUGUACUUGCUCACCUAUAACCCUGCAGCCUUUCCUUUUAUCUGUUUUCCCAUGUGUCUGGAGCUGCUAUUGCUUUCCUCUCUGUAACAUGUAAAGCCUUAAUAUAAUUGUCCAUGUAAGAUGGAGAAGGCUGACUUGUAACACCAUUUCUGGAACUCUGACUAAGCUGAACACAGUCAUGUGAGGAAAGUGGCUUACACUGUGUGUCCUCUGUGGCAUAAGACCUGGCCUUUUUGUCUUUGCCUUUUUAUCUGCACUCUUUUGAGGAAUGUAAAAAUCUUAGAAAGCUUUAUCAAUUAUGUUUCAGGUGUUUCUGUCAGUUUGACUUUUCUACUGAAUGAGUGACUACUGUUUGGGCAAAAAGUGCCUAGUAAUUUACUUGAAGCUUCACACCACUGUGGUAAUUAACUGGCCUUUAGUGUAAUAUAUUUCAUCUUGUGUCAGUGUUAUAUGUUGCUUGGUUCCUGGAUUUUAUAGCUGUUCUUUUUUUUUUUUUUUUUUUUAAAAAAGGGGUAAUUUAUUUUGUUAUUUUUGUAAAAUACUUUUAAAUGUUUUCAUCCAAAAGAUGCCUUUGAAAAUAUCCUUGUGUUAAUUUGUUAUACAAAUACCACAGUACAUGGUGUACUUGUGACAAAAGCUUGGAAAACAUAAGCCAGUUAAGUGUGUUUUAAAAACAGUCAACUCACACAGAAGUAUCACUUAACAUCACCCAUGGUCAGUUCAGGUAUUUAUGGUUGGUUGGUUGGUCUUUCAAAUUAGAAACUGUACAAACAAAAAUCUGUUGGUCUUCAGUUUUCUCAAGUUCUUGCAGAACUAGCAGAAUGCUAGCUUAAAAGCAUUGAUAGACAGUUGGUAUCAUAAAGUGAAAUGGCUUCCUGGCCAGCUCUUCACUAAUUAUUAUCCUGAUAUCAAAUACAGAAACUCAUGUCAUGAAGAGAACAUUGCUGCUAUGAAAUUAGGUUUUUUUGUUGUGCUUUCUCCAUUUGCAAACCACUGUAACCCCCCUCUUUGCUAUCACAAUUGUUGAUUCCUUCACUCAUAAUGUUUCAUAAGCAGCUUUCAACAUAUCUUGCUGGAUCCAGUUUAAGGACACUGCUCUAAACAGUAUAUUUCCUGUUUCUUCACUGGGAAGGUAUUACAGCAGCACAUUCUUGCCUUUUUUUAUUCGAACAAUAAACAGAUAUAUCCCUAUUUCUUUAGCACUUUUCUGUAAUACUUCAACUAUUUGCGAAGUAUGCCAAAUCUUUCUCUGAGUGAAGAUUGUAGUUUUGUAAAAUGUCGGGGUGACUUGAAGUUGCAUUGUUUCAAUACUGAAGCAUGUUGCAGAGCUCUUUAACUAUUACCGGAAGUGGUUUCAGGUUGUCAGUGAAGCAAGGAAUAAAAAUGUGAAAGCUGAUGAAGAACAGAAAA